AUGUAUCGAAGUGAAGCCGAACAAACGUUUAGAAAAUAUAAUGAAAAAAUCAAAGGAAUUCAAGAAACAAAAAACAAAAACAUUACAUUUGAUUAUCUUAAAGAAAUUUGUAUUUUCCUGAAAAAACAAACCGAUAUUGAGUCUGAGAAAGAAGGAAAUAUGGAGACUUCGUUCAAUAAAUUAUUAAACGGUCUAGAUGAAUGGAAAGAUCAACAAGAGCAAGAAGCAGUAUUCAAAAUUAUCACGGCCAUUGGCACAGCUAUUGGUAGUAUGUUUACAACAAAUUAUGAAGAUAUAGAAUCUGUCAUAGGACUCAUAGGUGAUAUUGGCGAUAGCAUAGUCAAAAUCGUGAAGGUUAUUCAGGAAGUCAACAAACUAGUUAAAUUACUCAACGAAGCACAUACUAAUCCCACAGUUGUAGUUCCUGACAAUGCUCUAUCAGUAAUGGCUUUGGAUUGGGAAGAAUGGAUUAUUAAUGUUAAGAGAGUUUUAGAUAUUAUUCCUGAUAAUGAAAUGCUCACCAAACUAAAGAAAGAUUAUUGUUUAUCUGUUGAAAUUAUGAAAAACCGUGGGAUUGCUCUUAUUGGUGAUAUCUUUACACGAAACAAUCAAGAAGAAAUCGAACAAUUUGUCAAAAGUAGUUUAGAUUUUGGAAAACUUACUGAAACUUUCGAAGCCAGGGUUAAGCUGUUAACUGGACAACUUGUAAGUCUUUUAAUGGACCAGGAUAAAGCAUCACAAUACGAAUACUUUACCGAGCCUAUACUACUAAAUAGUUACAGAAUAAAUAGUAUUUUAGAUGUUGUUAGCAAUCAGCAUGCAUCGAUAAUAAAAGAAUUAAAAAAUGGGUUUCCUACACCACCGAUAGAUUUAAGACAGCCGUACAUAUAUCAUAUCAUCACAUCUUCUGAUACAUUAUCUAAUUACGAUUCCUCCGACUUUUAUUUUGACAUUUCAACAAAUGAUCCGUUUUUUAGAGGUUAUUAUCGGAUUAGAAUAAAUGAGGUUCAGAUUAAUUUAGUGGAUAAUUCAAUAACCACAAGUGAUAAAAAGGUCUAUUUUGAGAUUUACACGAAUGCGUCACCUUUUUACGACAUAGGAUAUAAUUCAAAUUCAAAAGAAUACAAAAAAAUUUCUUAUUUUCUUGAUCAUAAACAAGAUAUACUUUUCAGUGGAUUUUAUGAUAUUGAAAAAAAGAAAUAUGAAGCAAACAAAGUGAAUCAUGAUUUUCGUGGCACAUUCGUACAAAUUACACCAUUUACUGGAUGGCAAAUUCGUAUUCCAAGGGAUCGUGGAAAUAAUAAUCAAGAUCUCAAAUUUUUAUCACAAAAAAUCUCAAUAAACGUUAUUUUUAAAUUAAGUGCUAUUACAGUUAUUUGA